GUGAGAGAGAGUGAGUCUGUUCAUUUCCUCCUUUAAUGGCGUGAGACCGUACCAGACCAGAGACUGUGUAUGCGUGUGUAUAAUGUACAGUAUAUAUAUGUAUGUGUUCUAUGCAUUCAUCUUGGCAUGCUUCACCAACUCAUAUUCUGUAGAAAACCCAAAUGAACUAAAAGAAAAGGAAAAAUAAUCUUUUUAAACAAAACGAAAUUUCGCCAUCAAAAUCCCAGUGUCUUUCCAUUUUUAUCAACUACACUUUUGGGAUUCUUAGACCCAGAUGUUAAAAAUCGGUAAUCUCUCAUUGAUUUUUAUUGGGUUCUUUACUCUUGAUCAUUUCCUGUUGUGGGUCUCUUGAUUCUUGUACUGUUUCGUUGGGAAACUCGAGUUGUAUAUUUUGUGUUGUUUUUUUAUGUAUGAGAGCGUGAAGAUCGAGAAGAAAAGUGUAGAAAACAUGAACGAUGAACUUGAGAUAUUACUGGGUGAGAUCCCUCAUGCGACAUCAUCAUUGAAUCUUCAUAACACACAUAGCAAUGUUCAUCAUUAUAGUCUUGUUGAUCACACAUCACAUUUGACACAGAAAAUGAAUGUUCAUGGUAUGUAUGAUGAUGAACUGUUGAGGCAUAAAUAUGCAUGUGCAUCUUCCCCUGCUUGUGGGUUCUCUUUACAGUCUGAUGGCUCUUCCUCAAGCUUGUUCUCUGGUGGGCGUUCAUUUUCUGACAAUGGAUCACCAUCCCCACCCCAGUUUGGAGAACUGAAGCCCCACCUGGUUUCUGGAAAUGGAUUCUGGUUAGAUUUCAACAAGGCAAAUGAAAUUAACACAGUUGAGGGACGGAGUUUGUCGAGCAAUUUUAGUAAAAUGUACAUUAGUAAUGAGGAGGAGGAUAUUUCAUUCUCUCCAAAUGGUUUUCAAUUUCGUGAUCAGUCUGUGGAUGGGCCUAUUCGAAUGAAUUUUGAGAAUUUUAUGUCAUCAGAUGACUAUAGAAGGGGCUUUUCAGAACGUAGAGGAUUUAAUUCCUCUAUUCCAAGAAGUCCUAUGAAAUUUGAUGGUGAGAUGGAUUCUGCAUUGUUGGCAAUACCGCCUGACUCUAGAAUGGGUAAUUUACUUGGACACCGGUAUUACCCUGGUGCAUCUGAAGGAUUGUUUGCUCGAACAGAGUGUGGGAAUUCAGCUUCGAGCCCUCAAUUUUAUAAAAAUAAUGUGCCAGCUGGAAAUUAUUUUCCCAUGGGGAUUUCUGCAUCAAAGCCAUCUUCCACUUUAAAAAGGCCUUCAUUUGUUGAUUCUUCAUUCUAUGCUUCGCAAAAUAGGACGAAUCCAAUCAAAGACGUAGAUCCAUUUCACUCACCCUACAUGCUUCAACUGGCUCAGCUAAUACCUCAAUUUAAUGUGGAAAAUUUACUCCAUUAUCAGCAACCCGUGCCUAACGGAAGAAAUAGAUUACCUUCUCAUGUUAGAGUACCUCGUGGUGAUGUUGAAGCUUUUCCUGGGGAGGACAGUUUGAUCCUUCAAGGGGACGGUUUAAAUUAUGCAAUUAACAAAGGAUGUGGACAUCCCAGUGUACAAAAUGCUAAGAGUUCCAUGCACGGGAGUGGCACCAGAAAGGCGCAAGAAAUUGCAGGUCUCCAAGAAAGUGGCCGGACUACAAGGAUGCAUAUCCCUUUCUCCUUGCCAUCAAAGUGUAGCUCCCUGACAGAUGCUCAAGGAUAUAUAUAUCACAUAGCGAAGGAUCAGCAUGGUUGCCGAUUUUUGCAACUGAUGUUUGAUGAAGGGACUCCUCGAGAUGUGCAGAUAAUAUUUAGUGAGAUAGUUGAUCAUGCAGUUGAACUUAUCACAAAUCCAUUCGGGAAUUACCUUAUGCAAAAACUGUUGGAUGUGUGCAAUGAAGAACAGAGAACCCAGAUUUUGCUUAGGGUGACUGAAGUGCCAGGGGAGCUUGUUAGGAUCUCUCUUAAUACACAUGGCACUCGAGUGGUCCAAAAGUUGAUUGAGACCCUCAAAACAGGGCAGCAAAUUUCGCUAGUUAUUUCAGCCCUUGAGCCAGGCUUUCUUGCCCUCAUUAAGGACCUAAAUGGUAAUCACGUUCUGCAGAGAUGCUUACAAUGUUUUACAAAUGAAGAUAGUAAGUUCAUUUUUGUUGCUGCUGCAAAGUUCUGUGUUGAUAUUGCAACACAUCAACAUGGAUGCUGUGUUUUGCAGCGCUGCAUCAGCCAUUCAACUGGAGAACACUGGGAGACCUUGGUUGCAGAAAUUUCUGCAAAUGGGCUUCUUCUUGCUCAAGAUGCAUAUGGAAAUUAUGUUGUUCAAUUUAUUUUGGAGCUCAAGAUCCCAUCUGUCACAUCCAAGUUGACAUCUCAGUUUGAGGGUAACUAUGUACAUCUCUCUACCCAAAAGUUUAGUAGCCAUGUUGUUGAGAAAUGUCUUGUGGUAUGUAAUGAUGAAGCCCGGUCAAAGAUCAUCCAUGAAUUGCUCUCUGCAACUUAUUUUGAGCAGUUGCUUCAUGAUCCACAUGCAAAUUAUGUUGUUCAAACAGCUCUUCAGGUUUCUGAGGGUCCCCUUCAUAAUUCUUUGGUUGAUGCAAUUGAGUCUCACAGGGCAAUUUCAGGCCACAGCCCCUAUUCCAAGAGGAUUUUCUCUCACAAGCUUUUAAAGAAGUGACACCCAGUCUUCCUUCUGGUAAGAAAUUAUGUUCUUCUUCUCUACUGACUCCAUCAUUUCAACCUAGCACCAUAUGUCGAAGCUGGUUUGUCAUCUGUUCACAAGUGCCGCUGAAUGGAUCUUUUGUCAAUUUUGCUGAAGAAUAUUUGCUUAAUUGGGGUUGACCUCCCUCUAUAGUGUAAAGGAUAGGCAACUGUGCUUCUAGUUGAUUGAAAUAUAAUUUUUGCCGUCAAUGUACCAUCUGGAUAAUUUUUUAUCUCCUCUUGUGGGAUUUUCACUGUGUGGAUGUACAGGAUGUUCUUUUGCUGUACUAUGUCAAGGUAACUUGGAUGUUUGUCUCA